AACAAAAUAAAAACAUCAGAUACAAACAAAUGGCAGAUAGGAAGCGAGAGAAGAAAGAAGCUUCGUGCUCGAUUCGCAUGUUCCAUCUCUAAACGCCCUCUCACACCAUUUGAAAUCACAAAAUUCAUCUCAAAUAAUCAACCUAUGACCCUCUAGGGUUUUUCUUAGGCUUUUCUAAUUCUUGACAAAACCAGUGAUGAACGUCCUCAAACAAUGCAUGGAUUCUCAACUGUUGAUGGCUUUGUGGAUAUAACUGAGUGCUUGGCAGAGAUGAUUAAGUACGUUGCAAAUGAACCCUCACUAGGGCUUUUCUAUGUUCAGCAGCACACUCAAAAUGCAGUGCCCGCUGUAGUUCAGCUCAGAAAUAAUGUUGUAGAUAAGUCUCACGAAACAACUUUGCACACCGAAGAUUCAGAGGAUUCAAUAACCAUGGUGAGGUCAAUGAAAGAAUGUGGAUUCCCCAUCGCAGAUGAGAUGAUCAGAGAUAUAAAGAAAUCUUUGUUGAUCAUGUCUACAAAACAACCUAGAAGAGGGUUGAUCCAUGACUCUAGAUCAAGUUCUCAGGCAGAAAAAGCAAGCUCUUGGGGACCAGCCAAUUGGGGUCGUCCGGGAGUUUAUGGUCAGCUAGACAGCGAAAAAAGCGGCUAUCUUUCAACCGUAUUUAAAUCUGCAAGGAAGACGGCUAGUAAUUUAAAGUGGCCACAACUUGAUUCUGGAGAAUCGCUGCUGAGCAAGGAUGACAAGUUGAUGUUCUAUCCAAGCCGGUCAUUAUCAGUUGCCUCUGCUGCUAGCACUAGCUCAUCUCAGCCAGAUGUGGAAGCUGAUGAGCUGCCCUUGUCAAGUAAGAUUACAUAUGAACCACAAGAACAAAUAGAUGCGAGUUUAGUGUCCCCUAACUUGGUGCCCGUGUCAGAGGACUUCGACGAGUUCCAGGCUGUUAAGGCAGCAAAACUAGAGGAGUGGUUAGAAGGGAAUAGCAACAUGGAUGAUCGGAGAGGUACAAGUGUUUGAGAAGCAACUAAACUUUGAGAACCUGUGGAUAUGGUUAUACUUAUGUAUAAUGGAAUUCUUACAUAAACAUAUCAAUUGAAAAAAAAAAUACAUAUUUAUUUAAAUAGUGUGUUAAUAAUGGCUGCGUUUGGUAAAAUUUUUGCUUU